CUCCUGUCUACUCUUGGACCCUUCCCCUGCGCUUACUCUCUUUAAGCAUACUCUUUCGAAGGGUGGCCAAAGCAAAGGCUCAAAAUUGGACCAAGAUUGACCAAGCUGAGAAGUUAUGGAUAUUGCCAUCCAAUACCCGUGGUUCAGACGUACCCUGAGCAAUCCCUCUCGACUCUUUGACCAGUUCUUUGGAGAAGGUCUGCUUGAUCAUGACCUCCUCCCCUUUACUGCCUCCACCAUCAGCCCUUCCUACCGACACUCUCUCUUCCGCAGUUUUUUGGACUCCUCCAACUCUGGCAUUUCCGAGGUGAGGUCUGACAGAGACAGAUUCAUGGUUUACCUGGAUGUGAAGCACUUCUCCCCAGAGGAACUCAGAGUUAAGGUAGCAGAUGACUAUGUGGAGAUUCAUGGCAAGCAUGGAGAAAGACAGGACGACCAUGGCUACAUCUCACGGGAGUUCCACCGCCGCUACCGUCUACCCUCCAACGUCGAUCAGGCAGCCAUCACUUGUACGCUGUCAGCUGAUGGCCUGCUCAGCUUCUGCGGCCCCAAAACAGGCGGAUCAGAAUACGGGCGUGGAGAUCGCACCAUUCCUGUCACCCGCGAUGACAAACCCAACCCUGCUGCUUCCUCUUAGACAAGUGGAUUAGUGGGCAUGAGCAUGGCUCAGCAGGGGGUGUAAUUGUUGAGAUUAUUAUAAUCUAUAAUCUAUCAAUGGGAGAAACAGAUUAAGAGGAAUGGAUGGCUUCUAAUCGGAAAGUUCUUUCAAAUCCAACCACUUCAGAAUAAAACCAAGAAAACAAGAAAACUUUGACUUCCAAGUCAAACAAGAAAAAUAAGUUAGGUUACAAAACAGGUUUUUGUUAAGUAGGUCUGAGAUUCGCAGGAGUUUCUAUUUAGAACCAUCCAACCUCCUAACUGGUCUUCCUGUGUCUGAUCCUUUCUAUUUUUAGCUUGUAUGUCACUUGAUUUUUUUUCUCUGCUCUUUCUCCUCUAACCUUGUUUUACUGGAACGCCCCUCACCUUAGACAUCUACUAAAAAUAUCAUCUCAAUAAAUCUCUAUUAUUAACCAAAGCAAAAAAAAAAAAAUUGCUUGUUUUUUUUCCUCCAAUCUUCGUGCUGACAGGAAUGAAAUCCAUUGUUUUUCACCACUGUUCUUCUCAUUGCUUAAGUCUUCCCAUUGUCAAAGCUAGCACAUUCGAAACUAAUCUGAGGGUUAAGAAGAGAUUUGCUGACAACUAGA